CAGAAGGGUUUGGAAGGUUGACAUAUUUGAAGAAAUUAUAUAUGUGGGAAUGUGAGGCUAUGGAGGAGUUUCCAAGCGGAUUGCCAAAUUUGGUUGCUUUAGAAGAAUUGAAUUUUUCAAAGUGUAGAAAUUUGAAGAAGUUGCUAGAAGGGUUCGGAAGCUUGACAUGUUUGAAGAAACUAAAUAUGUGGGAAUGUGAGGCUAUGGAAGAAAUUCCAAGUGGAUUACCAAAUUUGGUUGCUUUGGAGGAAUUGAAUUUUUCAAAGUGUAGAAAUUUGAAGAAGAUGCCAGAAGGAUUUGGAAGCUUGACAUGCUUAAAGAAACUAAAUAUGAAGGAAUGUGAGGCUUUGGAAGAGUUUCCAAGUGGAUUGCCAAAUUUGGUUGCUUUGGAGGAAUUGGAUAUUUCAAAGUGUAGAAAUUUAAAGAAGUUGCCUGAAGGGUUUGGAAACUUGAUAUGUUUGAAGAAACUAUAUAUGUGGAAAUGUGAGGCUAUGGAGGAGUUUCCAAGUGGAUUGCCAAAUUUGAUUACAUUGGAAGAAUUAUUUUUCUCACAAUAUAGAAAUCUGAAGAAGUUACCAGAAGGGUUUGAAAACUUGACAGGUUUGAAGAAACCAUAUGUGUGGGAAUGUGAGGCUAUAGAGAAGUUUCCAAGUGGAUUGCCAAAUUUGGUUGCUUUGGAGGAAUUAAAAUUUUUACAAUGUAGAAAUUUAAAAAAGUUUCCAGAAGGGUUUGGAAGCUUGACAUGUUUGAAGAAACUAUAUAUGUGGGAAUGUGAGGCUAUAGAGGAGUUUCCAAGUGGAUUGCCAAAUUUGGUUGCUUUGGAGGAAUUAAAUUUUUUACAAUGUAGAAAUUUAAAGAAGUUGCCAGAAGGGUUUGGAAGCUUGACAUAUUUGAAGAAACUACACAUGUGGGAAUGUGAGGCUAUGGAGGAGUUUCUAAGUGGAUUGCAAAAUUUAGUUGCUUUGGAAGAAUUGAAUUUUUCACAAUGUAGAAAUUUGAAGAAGUUGCCAGAAGGAUUUAGAAGCUUGACAUGUUUGAAGAAACUAUAUAUGUAGGAAUGUGAGGUUAUGGAGGAGUUUCCAAGUGGAUUGCCAAAUUUGAUUGCUUUGGAGGAAUUG